AUGAAUAAAUACCCACGAAGACCAGAUGACUACAACCAACUUCUAUCAUCACCAUCUACCUCCGACGACAAACUGAUCAGAAAAUCCAAAAUGGUUCAUGUGAGUUACAACAGAGUUGGCCGGAGAUAUUAUGCAACCAGAGGUUUCCGGCUAAACGUCAAGAGAUUUUACGUUCAACGUCUACGCCCAAAGUUCUUUAAUUUCUUCAAGAAUCUAAUACGUUCAUGGAGGUCGAGUUCUUCUGCUUUGUAUGAGAAGUGUUCAACGAGAGGUGGAGGCCAAUUAAACCUUGUCGCGAAGGAGAACGCGUAUCGUUUAAGAUCGUUUGGGAGGUCGAAUUCUUUCUACUCGGAAGCCAUUGAAGACUGUUUGGAGUUUAUAAAGCGUUCGUCUGUUUCUUCUGAUGAUAAACCGGAAUUAUAG